AAAAGAUGCGGAAGCAUCCCCUACAGCUUGAAAGUCCAAACAUCUGUCUUAGUAACUCCAUAAACCCUAAUUCAUGAAUGACUAACCUCCGCCGCGUCGCUGCCGCUGCCGCUGCCGGCGCGGCGAUCUCCGCCAUAUCCUCCCGCUCCGCCGCAGCUAUCUACCGACAAUUCUCCACCGGAACUGACCUCAAAUCCUUCUCUCAGCUUCCCCCAAAGCGCAAGCUUAAUGUCAUGUACGAAUCUCGGAAAGUACUCGCAGAAUACCUCAAUGUCACUCGCUCUCUGCCCUACCCCUACGCCGAUUACAUCGCCAGAAAUUCCCCUCGAUCUCUAGCGGAAGUCGUCUCCGAGGUACCGUUCUCGCAAUCGACGCCGUUCGCACACUCCUUUCAACGGUUCCUCAGGUACCAUCCGAUUAACGAGCUCGAAUUCUUCCUCGAAAGCAUCGGAUUCGACGGCGAAUUGCCCGAUUCCGUUUCGCCUUCGCAUACAUAUUUCAUCUCCGAUUACAAGCAUUUCAAGGUUGCCAGUGCCUUAGCAGGCGUAGGGUUCCCCUGGAGCAAAUUAGGUAUGUUAUGGAAGGCGGAUUGUCUGGUCUUCGAAACUGAUCCUUCAGAAUUGCAGAGAACAAUUAGAGAUAUCAAAAAUGUCUAUGGAUUCAACAGUGUUUCUUUAAUUGCCAUUUGCUUAGCUUUCCCUCGAGUUUUGCACGAAAAAAUGGAUGGUUUGUUAACUGAUUUGAAGAUUCUGUUCUUAGAUCAUGAUCUGUUGAGCCAUGUGGAUUGUGACAUUGAUGGUGUGUCUGCACUUUGUGUAAAGAUUCGAUUGUUUUACCAAUGGGGCUGUGAGGUAGGAAUGAUUGGUGAAUUGUUAGGCAGAAGCCGAAGCAUUUUCGUCGAUUAUUCAAAAGAGGAAUUGAUUAGCAGGAUCGAUUACUUUAGCAAACUAGGCGUAGCAAAAGAUCAAGUAGCAAUGCUGCUUCUUUCGCAGCCCGAAAUUUUCGGAUACGAUUUAGAAUCUUGGAUGAUUUCGGUUUCGUCGAUUCUAAGGCAGUUCGGAUUGAGCAAGCAUGACUUGAAAUCACUUAAGCAACGGUAUCCUCACGUAUUCGGCAGGAACAGAAUGGCGAAUCUGCCGAAUGUGAUGCGAUCUUUGGGUCUCGGCGAAUGGUUCUUUUCGAGAAUGAAAGACGGGUGUCACAUUUUGUUGGGUAAUCCGUCCAUCACCUGCAGCGACGACGAGGAUGUCGAUAAGAACUACAUUGAAAGCUUGCAAAAGAUUGAAGCCCGCAAGACUAAAUGUUAUUCCCUCAAGAGGUUGGAGUUCUUACACAGCGUCGGUUUCGGACAAAACGUUUUUGCAAUUAAAGCUUUAGCUCAAUUGAAGGGCAGCGCGUACGAACUGCAGAAGCGUUUCGACUGCCUUCUUAACUGGGGAAUCGAGUAUCCCAAAGUCUGUUCGUUGGUGAGGUUUCGGUCGAAGAUUCUGAACCAGAGAGAAAACGUGCUCGAUGAAAAGAUCAAAUUCCUCUGCACGGAGAUGGGAUUGAGCUUGCAGUUUCUCGACGUCUUCCCGGGGUAUCUUAUUUACAACCUGGAGAGAAAAAUCAAGCCGAGGUUUCGAUUGCAUAAGUGGCUAGUCGAGCAGGGGAUUUGUAAGAAGGAAUACAGCGUCUCUACAAUGAUAGCCCCGAGCGAGAGAGAAUUUGUCCAGCGUAUUUCUCGUAUCCACCCUCCUUCCGCGAAGAAGUGGCUUGAGAAUUCCUCGAAGAAGAAUGGCGCAGACGAGUGAUUUGUAGAUGGUAUGUCUGUAGAUUGUUCAUCUGGACAAGAACGGUGAGGAAUGUCUUGAUGCAGUUCUGCGCGAGAAGAAGACAGCGCAAGCCCGGGAAAUAAGCCUGGUGAAGAUGUCCGAGCAGCGACAAGGGAAGAAUCAGUGAAGACAAAGGACACACUUGUAUUGAGUCCGGGAAGAUCGAUGAAUUUAUUUGUUACCGGGAACCACUACAAGAAGUCGGGCUUAGAAAUUCCCGACGGCCGUGUUACCCUUCGUAUCGCCGUUAUUGAUUCCAAUUUUGAAGGUGUGAUUGUCGAAUUCGGCUCGCGAAAGACCUGCCUAAUCCAUCAUGAUGCGCCUCGAUCGUUUUCGGGCCCGAAAUUGAGCUUUUGUUUCGAGUAUUUGCUCGUUGUAAGGAAAUACACUCGAGCUGUUGGGCACAUCUUGCGACUGUAUUGUUUUUAAUAAAAAUGUGUUUACUUGUGAGAUUUGA